AUAAGAACAUUAAAAAACAAAAACAAAAAAAAAUUUUUUUUAUUUUUUUUAUUUAUUUGAUUUUUUCAAAUGUACGAUUUCAUUUAAGUCGUUCACGGUUAUUUUGCAAAAUUUAAAUACGCUUGUGCUAUUGUAAACAAUUCACACGUGAAAAAGUUUUACAAAAUGCUUUUGAUAAAAAACGCUAAACAAGUUGUCACUGUAUGUGAACAAAAAGAAAAGGUUUUAUAUGGAGAAGAUGCCAAGAAAGUGAAGGUAUGCGAUUCCUCUGAUAAUCAAGGUUAUUCUAUAGUUGUUGAUAAUUCUGGAAAAAUUGAAGCUAUUGGAUUAGAUGACGAAAUAAUUAAAAAGUAUGAUCAUGUAACUUUCAAUAAAGAAGUAAAUGCUUGUGGAAAAUGUAUUUUACCAGGUUUAAUAGAUGGUCACACACAUCCUGUUUGGGUUGGUGAUAGAGUUCACGAGUUUGCAAUGAAGUUAGAAGGCGCUACUUACAUGGAUAUUCACAAAGCUGGUGGUGGGAUUUAUUUCACUGUGAAAUCUGUACACGAAGCGACAGAAGAUGAAUUAUACCACAGUUUCUUGAAGAGAUUAAAGGCCAUGUCAAAAUGUGGGACGACAACCAUUGAAGCAAAAAGCGGUUAUGGUUUAGAUGCAGAAAACGAGAUUAAAAUGCUAAAAGUUAUUGAAAGAGCUCGUAAAGAAAUCUCAUUUAUGGAUAUCUCAGUUACAUAUUGUGGAGGCCACGCAAUACCAAAAGGCAAAACAAUGGAGGAAGCUACACAAGAUAUAGUCGAGAAUCAAAUUCCACAAAUUGUUAAUUUGAUGAAUGAUGGUAAAAUACAUGUUGACAACAUUGAUGUAUUUUAUGAAACAGGAGUCUUUGAUAAAGAAUCAACAAAAAAAAUAUUAUUAGCAGGAAAAAAUGUUGGAAUGAAUAUUAAUUUUCAUGGUGAUGAAUUAAACUCAAACCAAUCAGGCAAGCUUGGAGCAGAAGUUGGAGCUCUCGCCAUUAGUCAUUUAGAAGAAAUUGAUGACGAAGGAAUAAUUUUAAUGCAGAAGCAAAAUAUUAUUGCAACUUUGCUUCCAACAACUGCAUAUAUAUUAAAGUUAAAACCACCUCCGGCUCGCAAAUUGAUUGAAAAAGGUGUUGCUGUUGCACUUGGUUCAGACUUUAAUCCAAAUGCUUAUUGUUAUUCUAUGACGACAGUUAUGCAUAUGGCAUGUUGUCUACUCCGCAUGUCUAUGAGUGAAGCAUUGAUUGGAGCAACAAUCAAUGCAGCAGCAUCUAUUGGAUUAUCAGAUUCUCAUGGAUCGAUAGAAGUUGGCAAACAAGCAGAUUUUAUCAUUAUUGAUGCACCAAGAUGGGAACAUUUGAUUUACCAGUUUGGUUCUCACGACGAAAUUAUCACUCACGUCAUCAAAAGAGGUGUCGUAGUUUAUGCCAAGUCUUGAUAACUACAAAAGUAAAUUAUAUUUUGCACGUUUAGACAUGCAUAUUAAAACUUUUCUCAAUGAAAAAUGUAUUAAUUUUUUAAUAAACUGUAUUAUUUCCUAAUGUACGUAAAUCUUUCAUUUCUGCA